UUUCAGGCCAAAUCUGAAAUAUAUCUGAAAAUGGCAGGAACAUCCCCGGAGCCUUCUGGGAAGCUUGUUGUACACUCAGAAACUCACAGUGACACUGUCCUGGCCAGUUUUGAAGAUCAGAGGAAAAAAGGCUUCCUCUGUGACAUUACUUUAAUUGUGGAGAAUGUGCAUUUUCGAGCCCAUAAAGCCUUACUUGCUGCCAGUAGUGAAUACUUUUCGAUGAUGUUUGCAGAAGAGGGGGAGAUUGGCCAGUCCAUUUAUAUGCUGGAGGGCAUGGUUGCUGACACCUUUGGUAUCCUGCUGGAAUUUAUCUACACGGGUUAUCUCCAUGCCAGUGAGAAAAGUACAGAACAAAUCCUGGCUACUGCUCAGUUUUUAAAAGUUUACGACUUGGUGAAGGCUUAUACAGAUUUCCAAAAUAAUCAUAGCUCUCCAAAGCCAACAACUUUGAACACUGCUGGCGCUCCAGUGGUUGUUAUUUCUAAUAAGAAAAAUGAAGCCCCAAAGCGGAAACGGGGAAGACCAAAAAAAGUCAAUAACUUGCAGGAGGAGAAAUCAGAACUGGCCGCAGAGGAGGAAAUACAGCUAAGAGUGAACAAUUCAGUUCAGAAUAGACAAAACUUUGUAGUUAAAGGAGAUAGCAGUGUACUGAAUGAACAGCUUUCAGCAAAAGAAAAGGAAGACUCUCAGCCUGCUUGUGAGCCCAGUAGAGUGGAGGAAAUGCCAGCAGAAAAAGAUGAGAACUGUGAUCCCAAGACCCAGGAUGGACAGGACGGCCAGAGUCGGUACAGCAAGCGGAGGAUUCGCAGAUCCGUCAAACUCAAAGAUUACAAACUCGUUGGAGAUGAGGAUGACCAGGGAUCAGCCAAGAGGGUCUGUGGAAGGAGAAGGCGCCCUGGCGUCCCUGAGGCUCGUUGUAAGGAUUGUGGCAAGGUUUUCAAGUACAAUCACUUUUUAGCGAUCCACCAGAGGAGCCACACAGGGGAGCGACCUUUCAAAUGUAAUGAGUGUGGAAAAGGCUUUGCCCAGAAGCACUCUCUACAGGUCCACACCAGGAUGCAUACCGGCGAGCGGCCGUACACCUGCACCGUGUGUGGCAAGGCUCUGACCACCAAGCACUCGCUCCUGGAGCACAUGAGCCUGCACUCAGGACAGAAGUCUUUUACCUGUGAUCAAUGUGGAAAAUAUUUCAGCCAAAAAAGACAACUGAAGAGCCAUUACCGAGUUCACACAGGCCACUCGUUACCGGAAUGCAACCACUGCCAUCGCAAAUUCAUGGAUGUGUCGCAGCUAAAGAAACACCUGCGAACACACACAGGCGAGAAGCCAUUUACUUGUGAAAUCUGUGGCAAAUCUUUCACAGCAAAGAGUUCUCUUCAGACCCACAUCAGAAUCCAUCGAGGGGAAAAGCCAUAUUCAUGUGGCAUAUGUGGCAAAUCCUUCUCUGACUCCAGUGCCAAGAGGAGACACUGCAUUCUACACACGGGCAAGAAGCCAUUCUCCUGCCCUGAGUGUAACUUACAGUUUGCUCGCUUAGACAACUUGAAGGCUCACUUGAAAAUCCACAGCAAAGAGAAGCACGUGGCAGAUGCCAGUAGCGUUUCCGGCAGUGGUAAUACUGAAGAGGUCAGGAAUAUUCUUCAGCUACAGCCAUAUCAACUCUCUACCUCAGGAGAGCAGGAAAUUCAGCUUCUUGUAACCGACUCUGUACAUAACAUCAAUUUCAUGCCCGGCCCCAGCCAGGGAAUCAGCAUUGUUACUGCAGAGAGUUCCCAGAGCAUGACCGCAGACCAGGCUGCUAAUCUUACCCUGCUCACGCAGCAGCCGGAGCAACUGCAGGAUUUAAUUCUUUCAGCUCAGCAGGAGCAAACAGAACACAUUCAGAGCCUCAGUAUGAUGGAAAGCCAGAUGGAGCCCUCACAGACAGAGCCAGUACACGUGAUCACGCUGUCCAAGGAGACCCUGGAGCACCUUCACGCCCAUCAGGAGCCAACAGAGGAGCUCCAUCUGGCAACCAGUGCUCCUGACCCAGCUCAACACCUGCAACUAACCCAGGAGCCUGCUCCCCCGCCACCCGCUCACCACGUACCCCCGCCUGCCCCGCUUAGCCAGGAGCAGAGCUGACCUGUGGACAUGUUUGACUCCUUGACUGGGCUCUUCUCCUGAGCCAGCCAUAACUGGAUUGUGAUGCUUGAAGUCAGGCUCUGAAAUGUCAACCUGCAGAUUCUUCUGGAGAGAAGUGAUAGCUAGUUGUGGGUACCGUGCUCUCCGUCCAGGCUGCAAGUUGGUGUGUGUAUUGUCUUUUCUAUUAUACUGAUCUAUAGUUAGCAGUGCAAUACUGAUGAAUGGUUUUCAUUUUCAUCCACUGCAUCUCUUAAAGAUGAGGGUCAUUUUUCUUUGGGACAUUGGUUUAGACUUUACUGUAAGUAUUAAAUGUUCAUGGCCAUGUGUUAUGGCCUUUCCAAUUAUUUUUUAUUUUUAUUUUUUAGGAACGGAUAUAAAAUAAUGGUUGAGCUGGGCAGAAUGGUUGGCUCCGCUUUAUUUCUCUUAGGCAACACAGUUGCCACUACAAGACAAUUCAGGGCUAAAUAUGACAGUUUAAAAUGUUUGGGGAACUUGUUCUUACAAUAACUUGAAAUCUCCUAAGAAAGAGUAAUCUUUGACAUUUCAUCUUUGUGUUGCACAGGGCUUAUCGUGUCAUGCUUAAGGUAGAUUCAAAUUUAUAUAAACUAAAUGUUUUGAGUCAGAAUUCACAGAACAAAACCAAAGUAUAGGAUUUAAAAAAAAAUUCUGAGCGCUGUGCGUAGUAGCUUACACCUAUAAUCCCAACGCUAUGGGAGGCCAA